AUGGCCAGCGCAACCACGAUGUCCAUCCAUGUCAUCUUCCUCGCUGUUGUUCUAGCCGCGGCCUCCGUGCAAGGGCAGGGAGACGACGACGCCCUGCUGCCAUCUUCACCGGCGCCGGCGCCGUCCGGCGUCAACGGCCGGCGCGGGUGCCCAUCGGACGUAGCUGAGUUCGGAGCGUGCGUGAACCUCGGGCAGGACCCGGCUGCCGCCGACAGGGAGCGGUGCUGCGGGAGGAUCCGUGGGCUGUCGAGCAGGGAAGCCUACUACUGCCUCUGCGCCGCCUUCUGGCGAUCCGGCGUCGCCGGUGACCGCGCUAACCCCGAUGUUCGCGCCCGCGUCGCCGGCAACGUCAACGCCGCGCUCCUGGGCUGCGGCAAGGAUCGCGUCGACGAUCUCGAUUGCUUGGUAAUUGGCUGA